AUGGCUAAAAAUCCGUCCGAGGGGCCAAAGGAUGACCUGAGCCAGCUGACGGACGAGGAGCUGCUGCGGUGCAGCAAGGAGGACCUGGUCAGGAAGUUGAGGAGGGCCGACGGCGAGAAAAUGAACUUGAUGAUCGAGCACGGCAACAUGAUGAAGGACGUCAACCGGCGGCUGCAGGUGCACCUCCACGAGAUCCGGAGCCUGAAGGAGGUCAACCAGAAGCUGCAGGACGACAACCACGAGCUCCGGGAGCUCUGCUGCUUCCUGGACGACGACCGGCAGAAGGGCAAGAAGCUGUCCCGGGAGUGGCAGCGCUUCGGCCGCUACACGGCCAGCGCCAUGUGGAAGGAGGUGGGCGCCUACAUGAUGAAGCUCAAGGAGCUGGAGGCCAACCAGGAGAGCGUGCUGCGGGAGAACUCCGAGCUGAAGGAGAUCAUCCUCAUGCUGGACGAGGAGAGGAACGGGGCCGGCUCCAGGAGCUCCAUCGACAGCCAGUCCAGCCUGACCAACCUGAACGGGGGCACCGGGACGGUCAGGGACGUCGGGGACGGCAGCAGCACGUCCAGCACGGGCAGCGCCGGCAGCCCCGACCACCACAACCACGUCCACAAGCCCCCGGAGAGCGGCAAGGUGGGCGCCACCAUGAGGAGGUCCAUGGACGACCUGUCGGCGCCCCACCAUCACAGGAGCAUCCCCAACGGGCUCAACGGUGAGUCGCACGCCGCCGUCUGA